CCCCCGCAGCAUGGAGCCGGGGGCCGAGCACCAGCAGCAGCUCCGCAGCCUGCGGGACUUCCUGCUGGUCUACAACCGGAUGACCGAGCUCUGCUUCCGGCACUGCGUCUCCAACCUCAACUACCGCCUGCUCACCGGCCGCGAGGAGACGUGCCUUGACAGCUGCGCCGGAAAGCUGGUCCACGCCAACCACCGCUUGGUGAGCGCCUACGUGGCGCUGAUGCCCUCCAUCAUGCAGCGCCGUGUCUCCGACUACGAGGCCAGCGCAGCCCAGGCGUCCCAGGGCUCGGCCCAGGCGGGAUCUGCAGCACGAACUGCCCUGCCGGGGGCUGGGGGACCUGGAGCCUCUCCUGACCUGCCGGCGGCUCCAGGCCCUGGUGCACCCUUGCAAGAGGCUCCAGGCGCUGGCACGUAGCACGGCUGUCGUCCUGAGCCGUGCCGUCCAACAGCAGCAGUGGCCUGAGUGGCUGCAGGGUGGAUUCGGGCCGUGCGUUACCAGCAGGAGAAGUAACGUCCUGGCACUGCAGCCGCAGUCUGGGCCUCUGCAUGCUGCCGGUAGGCCUGGUCUGGAGCAGCAGAUCCGCUCUGCACCGAGACCCGGCCUUGCGCAUCUGCGUCCUCUAGUGUGUCGGCAUCGAGAGCCUCCAGGCAGUGGCCAAGUCUGUUCUGUGCCUGGUGGGGCCGGUGCCAGGGCUGGCAGGGGGCACGGGGGGGCAUCAAGAAAGAAAUCGCAGUGCCUGCCCUUCCCGCUGGGAGGAGUUCCCACCUGAACUCUGCCCGAACAGCUCCAGUGCUGGGUUUUUCUGCUCCAGACCUGGGGUGCUUGUAUUUCUAGGAAAUGGUUUCCUAGUGCUAAUAAAGCAUCUCUG